AAGAAGAUUGGAUUGAAGAAACAAGGUUUAGUUAUUUUUGUAGCUAUAGUGAAAUACUUUGCGAUUCGCAUUAUUAGUUUUCGUCGAGUUACAACAGUAUCAUGUUUUAAGAUCUAACUUUUUUAAGGUCCUGAUUCACUGGGAUAUAAUAAUACUGCAGUUAUUAAAAUGGAUAAGACAAAAGAAAGUGGUACAUGGUUAAAGUUUUUUAAAGACGCUGGAAUUCCUACCAAAACUGGAGCUUCAUACGCACAUAUAUUUACUGAGAACAGAAUCAGUAAAGACAUGCUUUCUGAUCUUACUGUUGAUCACUUGCGAUUGAUGGGUAUAACUUUGAUUGGUGAUAUUAUCGCAAUUCUACGUCAUGCAAAAUCCGUUCACCAAGACAAACUGCGGAAAGUAGUUAUCUUGAAGAGUAAGGAUGAUCCUGCUUCGUCAUCGUCGUCUAGUAGCAGUAGCUCUAGCAGUGGCACCAGUAGUAGUUCCGACGACUCGGAUGAGGAUGUUGAAAUGUUGGACGACUCACAAGUACCCAGUAAAAAACUAGUGUGGUCAGAAAGUAAGAACGUUUUGCAAUCUCUAGUUAAGAAGGAAUCCUCCUCAAACUUAGAAGAGCUCAAAAAGCGAGUGAAAAGUAAAGUAAUAAAUAAUGCUGCCACUGAGAGCACAAGCAAGUCAAAAGCUGGAUUGGAAAGAAAGACGCUGAGUCAACAUUUAAAAAGAAAACACCUUGAAAAUGAACCAAUGGAUGAAGAUGACUUGUACACCAAGAAACGACCUAGUAAAGCGGUAAACUUGAGCUCAAACUCUGGCAGGAGUGUACUUCACCGGACUCAGGAAAGCCAGCAAGUAGACGCUCCGGUCUCAAAAAAGACAUCUACAGAAAGCCAACGUAUGGGUCCAAAACUGCCUCCCUCGAAGAAGACAGUGUUUGAAAGACUCGGAGUAGAAACUAGUGUUCCUCAAGUGUCCAGUACGACAGAAGUAUCCAAGCCAGAAAUAGAGACAAGGUUUACAAGAACAAUAGGUAGCGUUAGUCUGCCGACGGACAAUGUUAAGAUAGUUGCCAACAUUGAUAUCCCUCCGCCCAAGUCAAGCUCUGUGUUUAACCGCCUCGGGGACGUCACUCAAGAGGCAGUGACGAAGACAGCUCUGCCGUACGCUGGGGUGCUCAAAUAUCCUGCGACGACAGCACGGCCUCAGACUACUGUUACCAAAAAAGUCAUAACCAUGCGAGCAGAUGAACCCGAAGUUCCAGUAAAGCUCAGAGCCGCAACAAAUCCUCUGAUCCAGAAGAAUAUUAAAAUGCGGGUUGGAAGUGUAGACACAUCAUUUAAAGCCAUCCAAAGGCCGAAACUAAUCAGGAAAAAUCUUACCAAUGGUAGUUUUUUGAACCCCAAUAGUGAAGGAAUUUUCGCCAAUCCAAAAAAUGCUGUGCAAUUAAAUGCAAAAGAAAGAAUAGGUCUUCAGAGUCGACAAAAUGUUUCAAACAAAAGUGCCAAAGCAAGAUUAGGUCUUCAAAUGAACUCUGGCAGGAUAUCAAAAACACCAGUAACACAGAGGAUCAGGAGACCACGGUUUGGAGAUGAAGAAGUGAAGACAACAGCUUACAGAACUGUCGGUGACAAGAGGGUGUCUUUUGGAGGGGUGAUUCAGAGGCUUAUCUCUCCUAUGAGACCUUCUCGGGGUGGAAGCAAAGCCAAAUCAGGAAUACACAGUAGGCUAGGGCGUAUGCGUGCCUUCUCUAAUUAAAAAAUAAGUUUAAAAUAAAUAUAAACUUCAACUUGAGUUCCAAAGAUGAAAAUAGAACUCAUAAGAUUCUACCUUAUGAGAUUCUAACUUAUAGAGACUGCAUAAGAUGUAAAUGCAGCUUAUGAAACUACAUUCAACAAUGAGGUUAUUGCUAUAAGAACAGCCUUGUCUAAAUUUGCUUCAUUUUAUUAUGUUGUGUUUAUAAUAUUAACAUUAAUCGGACCUACUGCUAGAUGAAAAUAAAUGUCCUUUCUAUAUUUAUAUUGUAAGUAUACUUUCUAUAGGUACUUGUAUUAUAAGUAUAGAAACUAGAAAGGACAUUUAUUUUUAUCUAGCAGUAGGUCCAAUUAAUUAAUGUGACGAUUAUUUGGAAUUAGAAACUUGAUCUGUAAUUGUCUGGUCAGAUUUAUUUGGAAAAAAGAAAUUUAAAAUUUUUUAAGUAUUAAUGAUUGUUAGUAAUGAUUAAUAUUAAUGCUCAGAUAGAUUUGUGCAAACAAAAUUAGAAACGAGGAAAGUAGGCUGUAAAUUGUGUAAUCAUCUAAACAUUAAAUACAAUAGUCUUGUAUUCAGUAUAAAUAAAAAUCACUGAUCAGUAAAUCACUGAGUUUUAGUAAAUCAGUGAUUUACUAAAACUGAUUUAGUAGCAGUUUUAGUAAAUCAUUGUUUGAGUUGACAGUAAAAUGCUCUAGUUUAAAUCUUUGUGUAGCCUCUAGGCGCAAAUGGUUGUGUUCCUCUGUUCUUUAGGUAAUCCAAAUAAAAUUAUUGCUGGUGUAAAGUUGUUUGUAAAAAGGUUGUUUAAUAAUGUCUAAUAUGAAAGUGUUUGUCAAAGAAUCUAUCCUCAAAACUUUGCACUGACGUUAUUAAUUUAUUUCAUAGUUAAUUGAAAGUUUUAUGUUCAGACACUGUCUUGUUAUGAAAGUUUAUUAUCUAUGUAAAAUGGUUGAGGACAAUUUAAGUUAAUGAAAAAUAUCAUAAUGUCAUUAAAACCAUCUAAAAAAAAAACACUGUUCUCAUUUUAAUUUUAAUUUUUUUUUAUUGUACUUUGUAGCAAAUUUCCCUUGAGGGAAGUAGCUAUUACCGUAGGUGGCACGGUAAGACCUAGACUCGGGACCGAUUUACUUUUUCAUUUGGAUGUCCCCAGAGGUAAAAAACACCAUUCGUUCAAAUUAUUAUAUAUGUAUAUAAAUUAUUAUAUACGUCCGUGAACGCGAUAACUUGAGUAAUUUUUGUCCGAUUUUGAUGAAAUUUGGUUUUAAGGUGUAAGGCAGGAAAAACUUGAAUGAGUUUGCGAACCAGCAUGAUCAGACCAUGGGAACGGGGUUUUAUGGGGUAAAAAAUGGGGUUUCUCAUUUUUGAUCCUCAAAACACAAAAUUUGACAAUUUCUCUCUAGACCUUUUUAUUGAGCUUAAAAAAACAAAUAAUUAAUGAUAUCAAAGAGUUUUGGUUAUUGGUAACGGAGAAAGUUAAAAAAAUCGUAAAUUUAAAAUUCCCAUGUUAUUCUUAUGGGGAAUAUUGUAAAAUGUUGUAGUUUGCUUGUUUAUGGAUAUAUUUUUACUAUGGAUAUGUUUAUUGAUCAAACAUGGCAAAUUUAUUAAUUUUAUUCUAAGCUGUUAAUAUUUUACAAAAAAAUACACUUUAUUAGUUUCCUUGUAGCAGCAAAUCUAGGUACUCAUUAAACCUAAUGUUAUUUAAAUAGAUUUAAUUGAAAAUCAAUUCAGACAAAUGGAAAUUCGCUUAGUUGGCAGGUUUGCUGCGGUGAGGGUAUUUUUAUAAAAAAAGAACUCUGAAAUGCUCUUUGGUGUAAAUUAGUUUUGUAAUAAAAAGUACUAACAGUUAAUGAAUUGCCAAUAAGAUGUAAAUAAAUACUUAUAUUUUUUGUGGCAUUUCUCGUCUUGUAAAAUAAUGUGUUGUGUUGAAUAACGUCCCUGUGUACAAAUGCAGAAA